AAAAUUAUCAGCAAGCAAUCUUUAAUUGAAUAAAUAAAUAUAAACAAAGAUUUAUUUUUUAAUAGCUCUAAAAACAAUAAUUAUUAUCAUAAAUUAGUAAAUUAGUUAGGGAAAAUGGCAUAGAUGUUAAAUAAGGGGAUAGAGGAUGUUUAUAAGUUUAAGAAAGAAAUUAAAAUCACAAACUUUAAAAUCAAUGCUAUGGAUGAAAGCAAUAACAAUCUUUAUUUAGGUGAUUAGAAUGGAAAGCUUUACAAAUACACAAUUUACAGAAAAUCUACAGAAUUCUUAUCAGAAAAUCCAACUAUUUCUAAAUAACUUUGCAAUCAAAAAAUUGAUUUGAUAAAAGCACUUCCAUUUGGUAAAGAUCUGCUAGUAAUUGCGAAUUCAUAAUUAUUUCACGUUGAUGGAGAUUCUUUGCAAACUAAGUAGUAGAUUAAUGUUGGAAGUAUAGUGAAUUUAUAUUUAAAUGAAGCAAGCACUCACAAAAAUGAGGUUCUGGUUUAAUUGAAAAACAACAAAUUAAUCAUAUUAGAGUUUAAUAUUAACACAGGAGAAUUCGUUUCAGAAAAGUAACCAAUUUUAUCUUUAUCAGACACUCCAUUAACAGUAGCUUUUCUAGCCAAUAUGAUUUACUAUGGUACUAAAAAAGAAUAUUUUCGUAUUGACUUAAACAAAAAAACUGCCCCUGAUUCACUACCCUCGAUGAAUAUUGCUUUUUCACCCUAAAUAAAAGUCACAGAUAAUGAUGAACUUUUGAUCUUAGUCACUAACAAUAACACAGGCUUAUUGAUUGGAAGAGAUUGCAAUUUAAAACCUAGAGCAACAUUUGAACCUUUGGUAAGGCCUAUUGUGUAGAUCUAAGUAUAGAAGCCAUACUUGAUUAUAUUGUAUGAGAAUUGCUUUUAAAUAUUUAAUAUGCAAGAUUCCAAAAAAAUGUAAGAAACAGAAAUUUAAUUAGGACCUGCUAAAAGAAUCAUAGCUUCUUAGGGAAAUAUUAUUUAUGCCACUCAACAAAAGUUAGUUAUGUUAGAAGAAAUUCCUUUUGAGACUAGAAUUAAUGAAUGCUUUAAAUCUUGUAAAAUUGAAGAAGCGAUGGCUAUUUUCUCCCAGUCAGUAACAAAGGACAAUCCUUCUUACAAAGAUAAAGAGGAAGCUUUCAAUAUUGAUGCUGCUUGGAAUCUUUUGUAAGUUGGAAAGUUUAGAGAAGCCUCAGCUAGAUUUGAAAAUAGAGAUUCUAUGACCUAUAUCAGAGAUUUUGAUAUUAGAGAGCUUUUAGCUUUGUUUAGAGAUUUGAUUCCAACUGAUAUGUUGGGCAAAAUUACUUUUGACAACCUUAAAAACAUAUAAGUUAUCAUAGGAAGAUAAUAAGAUCAAUAAGUGAAGGAAUUUAUGGAGAGAGAAGCUUAUGAAAUGCUGGUCAAUAUAUUAGAAAGAAUGAGAAUAAAAUAUAGUAAGCCUCAAUACAAAUAAUUUGCAAACCAGAAAAUGACUUAUAAUAUUUCAUAGUAUACUUUGGUUAGACAAGAAAAGGACUUAGAGCUUUCAGAGUUAUAAAAAUUGAUAGAUUUUGCUUUGAUUAAAGUUUGUUUAAAGAGAAAAGAGUAUUCCAAAAAGCUUUGUGAUCUAUUUAGAGGAAAAGAACCUAUUAACUGCAAGUAUUAUUAUGAUGAAAUUCAUAAGGCUUUAUUAGCUGAUUAAAUAGAUUAGAAAGACCCUUAAAUUAUAGCCUUUUUCUAUGAAAAGUUUGAUAGAAUCAAAGAUGCUUUAGAAAGAUGGAAAAUUAUAGGUUCUUAAAUGUAAUCAAAAUAUGAAACUCCAUGUAAAGAAACAAUAAGAAUUCUUCUUGAAUAAGAAGACAGCAAGAGAAUUAUAGAAUACUUACCUUGGGUUAUUAAAAAAAAUUAUGAUUUUGCUAGAUAAUUCUUUAAAGAUGUUAAGGAAAGUGUGAUGCCUCCAGAAUAAAUGCUUAAUUUAAUCAGCGACGGAAUAUAUUAACCUAAUGAAUAUAGUCUAGCAGAUAAACUAGCAGAAAUUUAUUUGGAAAUUAUUAUCACUUAAAAAAAAGUUGCAGAAAGUCGUUUCCACAACAAAUUGGCUAUAAUUUAUAUUAACAAUUUGUUUAAUAUAAUUCCUAAAGAUACAAAAUUCGAAGCUGCAAGGUUAACAGAAAGUGGAAAAAAAAUAUACGAAAAAUUUAAAGCUUUUUACACUGACCCUAAUUCAAACUAUGAACCUUCUUUCCUUCUUGAAAAAGUACAAAACAGUUGGUUGAUUUAAGAAGAAAUUUACUUUUGUGGAAAGAGCAAGAAACAUAUAGAAGCUUUGAGGAAGUUGAUUGUUGAUUUGAAUAGCCACUCAGAAGCUGAAAACUAUUGCUUAUAAAAUAAUGAUAUGACUUUAACAACUAUGUUCCAUAUUUAUAUGGAUAUCUAUUUAUCAGCUAAAGAUUUGCUAUUAAACAAAGAUAAGGUUGAUAUCACUAAGAGAGAAGAAUUUACUAAUUUCCAUUAGACAUGGCUGAACAGAAUUAAUAUAUUUUUGAAAAAGUAUAGCACUCACCCAUAAUUAGAUACUCUAGAAGUAUUAAAGAGGAUUCCUGAUGACUGGGUGCUUUAAGAAUUUACCAGCCAAAGUUCUGGUGAAAGUUUCACAGCAAAUGAUGGAUUAUACAGUUUCUUAACUUAAACUAUUUCUUCUUCUCUUCACAAUAGAAGAUAAGUAAGCUGUGCUAAAAAUUUAAGUGAAAUGGAUUUGUAAAAUGUAAAGUAUAAUUUAACCAAUGCAAAAAAGGCAUAUGUAAGAAUAUCAGAAGAAAAGAAAUGUGCUAUUUGUCAUAAAUCAAUAGGUGAUAAAACAGUAUGUGUUUAUCCAAAUGCUGUUGUUGCAGACUAAAAAUGUGUUAGCAACGGUUAAUCAUUAACAAUUUGUCCUUUAACUAAUCAAGACUUUGAAAAAACAUUUAGAGGAUGAAAUAAACACUCUUUAUCAAGCAAUAAAUUCUGUUUAAUCUUUUAUAAAUUAUAACAAAUAAUAACCAAAUUAAUUAAUUCUAUGUAUUUUUAUUAAUUAUUUGAUUAAAAUAUGAUAAUAUUUAUUGCAAAAAUCAAAAUUAUUUCAUUCUGAGUCAAAA